CACUGCUCUCCACUCUCUAAAAGGUUAAGAAGAAGUUAGACUUGGCUUUAUCAGCUCAGAGAGAUAGAAGAAGAAGAAGAAGAAGAAGAAGAUCAUUAAUGGCGGACCCAAGCCUCUACGAUUUCCUGAAGCAGCCGACCGACCACUCCACCGGAAAACCAACAGCGACGUCCCGAAUGUUCUCGUGCCUCUACUGUCCUCGCAAGUUCUACACUUCUCAAGCUCUGGGUGGCCACCAAAAUGCUCACAAGAGAGAAAGAGCCGCUGCUCGGAGAAGCUUCGCCGAAGAUCGCUUGGGUCGCCUCCAACUCCAGACCACCAACCCCUCUGCCGUCGACGACCCGGCAAACCUACCUGCUUCUGCUUACUGGCUCGAACCAGUACUCCAACCCUUGCAUGCCGCCUCCAGCUCAGCCCCUCUCGCCGGCGUUCAUGGCGGCGCUGUUUCAUCGACUACUCCUGAACCUCUCUCUCCACCAUCUCACUCUGCCGACCACGUAAACCUUGACCUCACCCUCCGUCUAUAGAUAAUCUACAUCUAUCCAUCUAUCUAUCUAUCUUCUUCUUUAACUUUAACUUAUACCACCAUGGAGUAGUAGUAGUAUUUAUCAAUGGGUCCAUUUCUUACACAACUAUGUGUGUGUGUGUUUUCAUUUCCUGCCUUUGGGAUUUAGUUUUGUGGGUACGGUUUUGAACAGUGCCCAAUUUAAUUAUCAGCUACCCUUAAUAUAUGCUAUAUAUGAGAACUAUUGAAAAGGAUCGAUAUAUAUAUAUAUAUGGUUCUAACUAAGCAGUUUCUAGGAUAUGGAUAUGGAUAUGGAUAUGGAUGUGGAUGAGUUAUAGCUUAAUUUUUAGAGAGAGAAAGUUGCUUUUCAUAUAUAGCUAGCUAGGGAGUUGAU